AUGCUACGACUAGCCAAGCGACAAUUGUAUCGAAAUUACAGCAGCUCUGCCUCGGCUGCACCUGUCCAGCUCACAAACGUUCUCAAAGACUCGCCUUCUCCUUAUCUGCAGGCCCACAAAAACAAUCCUGUGGCGUGGCAAGAAUGGAACAAGGACACUUUGAAGCUUGCUCGGGAGGCCAACAAGCCGCUGUUUCUUUCAAUUGGCUACAACUCGUGCCACUGGUGCCAUGUGAUGAACGAUGAGUCCUUCAAUAACCCCGCGAUUGCCGAGAAACUCAACAAGAACUUCAUUCCCGUCAAGGUGGAUCGAGAAGAACGGCCUGAUCUGGACGCAAUUUACCAGAUGUACCAGCAGGUGAGCUCUGGAUCCGGGGGCUGGCCUCUCAAUGUCUUCGUGCUUCCCGAAACCCUUGAACCCAUUUACGGAGGCACCUACUGGGAAGGUCCUGAAACUGAGAAGAAACGGCUGACUGAAAAGGGAGAGCCUGUCAACAAGGAGGGGAUGGUUGACGAGAAGCCCCAGUCUGCUGCCAAAUUUAGCGACGUUCUUGAUCGGGUUGGGCACGUAUGGAACGCCGAUCCUCAAUGGUGUAUUGAUGCUGGCAAGGACACUGGAGACAAACUGAAGAACCUCCUUCAAUUGCACACUGUGGGAGAUCCUCUUACCGACGCUCCCUUUGAUGAAGCAAUGUACGAGGACACUAGAGAACAUUUCGAGGCUGUUUACGACGCUCGAAAUGGUGGUUUUGGCACUGCUCCCAAAUUCCCCUGUGCUUACCAGCUGUCUUUCAUGCUCAACCACCCCGAAAUGCAAAAGGAUACCAACAUGCCCACAGAUUUGCCCCACAUGGCUCUCCAUACGCUUGCCAAGAUUGCUGUGGGCGGAAUCAAGGACCAGGUUGGCAACGGAGUGGCUCGAUACUCUGUUUCUGCUGACUGGGUGCUUCCCCACUUUGAGAAGAUGCUCUACGACCAGGCUCUUCUCCUCGAGGCCUACUGUGACGCCUACAAUUGGGUGCAGAUCCACGACGAGCCCCAUGAUUGGUACUCUUACGUGAACGAUAUGAUUCGAGAUCUGACAAUCUACCUGACUUCUGGCGAUAUCGUUGCUCCAAAGGGUUUCUAUGCCGGUGUUGAUGCUGACUCCCAGGCUGAAGACGGAGGAAAGAUGAUUGAGGGAGGAUACUACCUAUGGACCGCUGCCCAGUUCCACAAGGCUCUGCAGCCUAUGAAAAACCCCAUGGACAGAGACAUGGCUGCUGCGUACUUCGACAUUCAGGACAUGGGCAAUGUCACCUCUGACCAGGAUCCGCACAACGAGCUGUGGUUCCAGAACGUUCUGGCUCCCAACUACUCGUACGAGAAGCUAGGUAAGACAUUUGGAAAGAAGCCUAACCAUGUGGAGGCCGCUAUCAAGGAAGCCAAAACUCUGCUGCGAAAGUAUAGAGAAGAAAACCGGGUUGCUCCUGAAGUGGACUCCAAGAUCGUCACUGCCUGGAACGGUCUUGCUAUCGGUGCUCUCGCCAAGGCUAGCGUGAUUCUCAAGUCCAUUGAUCCCGAGCUGGCCGAGACGGCCCUUGCCAAGGCCAUUUCUUCUGCCGACUUCAUUCUCGAGGAGCAUGUUCGAGAUAGCCAUGGAGUUCAAGAACUCGCUCGUUUCUCUUCCAACGGAGUUCUUUCCACUUCCGAGGGAACAGAUGCCGACUUUGCAUUCCUCAUUUCCGGUCUUCUGAACUUGUACGACGUGACUGGCGACCGAAAGUACCUGGAGAACGCCUCCAGCUUGCAGGACUCGAUGAUCACAAAGAUGUACGAUACCGAGAAUGGGGGUUUUUACGCAGUGUCUACCGAGGUAGCCGACGAACUGCUGUUCCGACCCAAGACUACUUUUGAUGCCUCUGAGCCUUCUCCUAACGGAGUUGCUCUGACCAACCUGCAGCGUCUUCAGCGACAUGGUAUUGAUGCUACUAAUGUUGGACGUCCCUAUGAGGGGUAUGAGGGCGGUAUUAUCGGUGCUUUCAAGGAGGAUAUCCGGGCCCAGCCCUGGAGUUAUACCACUUUUUUGGUUUAA